ACUGUCACUGCUCCACCGCCAGAGGACAGAGGCAGCAACGGCAGCAGAGGGAAAAGAUACGAUGGAGGAGGAAGACCGUACCGUCCGUCUGAGGCUCAGUCCCUGUCACUGACAGCCUCCCUCUGGGACCAGCCUGCCAAGUGUGGAGCGAGAAAGGAGAAAACUAAUCUCUCUGUCCUUCACAAGACCAAGACCAGGACCUCAAACUCCUGCAGGACUGAUAGCACACACCACACACACACACACACACACACACACACACACACACACACUACUUCUUUUUCCUCUCUCUUUCACUCACUUACUCACACCCGCACUCUCUCAGUCUGAACUUCUUCUUGUUGCCUUUUGGACUAGUUUUUUUUUUUUUCUUCACUGCCUACGCUGACCUUCCAGCUGAGUGGAUUUACUUUUAUCCUGUGGAGGACCAUGGGGCUUGGGUGGAGGGGUGCAGCGGGGACCCUCCGGAUAAGGACAGAGGGGAGCUGGCACCUUUUGGUGACAUUGCUGCUGUUGUGCGGUUUCUGGAGGGCUCACACACAGACAGACGAUGGGAAGUCUAUGUACUUCUGGGAAACAGGUCCAUGGGGGAGGUGCAUGGGCAGCGACUGUGGCCCAGGUGGCAGCCAAAGCCGGGCAGUCUGGUGUGCCCAUGUGGACGGCUGGACGACGCUCCACACCAACUGUGACCAGGCCGAGCGUCCCUCCAACCAGAGGAACUGUUUCCGUGUGUGCGACUGGCACAAGGACCUUUAUGACUGGAAACUGGGCGCUUGGAACGAGUGCGUGCCAGUUUCAGCAAGGACCUUUGGGGCCUUGCGGCCUUUCACAUGCAGCGGAGGCGAAGAGGGCAUUCAGACCCGGGAGGUGGGCUGUUUGCUCAACUCAGACGGGUCUCCAGCAGAGGAUGCCAUCUGCGAGUACUUUGAGCCCAAGCCUCGCCUGGAGCAGGCAUGUUUGAUCCCGUGCCCACAGGAUUGUGUCGUAUCUGAGUACUCCCCUUGGACAUCCUGCUCUAAAACGUGUGGGACAGGCCUCAGGAACAGGGUCCGGAGCGUCCUGGUUCCUCCACUUUUUGGAGGCACGGUUUGUCCGAACCUAACUGAGUUCCAGUCUUGUAAACUGGGGCCUUGCUCAGGUCCGGAGGGCGUAUAUAGUCUCAGGGUUGGACAGUGGGACACGUGUGUUCUCCCUCAGACUCGGACAGAACGUCAAGUUAAACGCAGGAGAGGUAAAGGCCAGGGGCUCCGAGAGAGAGCGGGAGUCAAAGACCCGGAGACCAGGGAGCUCAUUCAGAAGAAACGAACAAGGAACCGUCUAAACCGUCAGGAAAGUCCGUUUUGGGACAUCCAGGUUGGUUACCAGACCAGGGACGUGACCUGCAUACACAGGAACGGGAGCACUAUGGGACGCAGCCUGUGCACACAAAGGGACGUUCCUAUCAUCAUCCAGUCCUGCGUGCUCUCCAAAGACUGCCAGGUAACCGACUGGACCGAGUGGGGCCCCUGCUCCAAAACCUGCGUGGACCCCGAGUCUCCCAAAGGCAACCGCACCAGAUUCCGACAGGUGCUGCAGUUCCCCGUGGGCGAGGGUGGGGAUUGCCCGCUGAUGGAGGAGACGGAGACGUGUGAACCUCAGGGCGAAGCAGUGCCGCCCUGCUUCACUUACACGUGGAGAACCACCGAGUGGAGCGACUGCCGGGUGGACGCGUUGCUAAGCCAACAGGACCGUCGACGGAGCAACCUGACCGGACUGUGUGGAGGAGGCCUGCAGACUAGAGAGGUUUACUGCGUGGAGGCCAACGCUGACCUCCUCAAGUUCCUCAAAGAACUCAGAGAGAGAGAUCGAAACGCUUCACGCCCGGUGGAAAACACACUGUGCAAAGGUUCCAUCCCCAACAGGUCCCAGCUGUGCCAAAUCCCCUGUCCCAUUGACUGUGAGGUGUCACCGUGGGGGGCGUGGGGGCCCUGCACCUUCGAGAACUGUGAUGACCAGACCUCAAAGAAAGGUUUCAAAUUGAGAAAACGACAGAUCACCAACAUGCCGACGGGAGGCCCUGAGAACUGCCCCCAGCUGGUGGAGGCGGUGCCGUGUGAUGAUCCCACUUGUUACGAUUGGCAGCUGCUCAGUUUGGAUCAGUGUGUCCCUGACGACGAUCAGUCGUGUGGCCCCGGAUCUCAGAUCUCACAGGUCCAGUGUGUCAACAGUAACGGAGAAGAGGUGGACAGAAACCUGUGCUCGUCCACCCCGGUUCCAGACCCCGUGCCAUGCCAGGUGCCUUGCUCCAGAGACUGUGUGCUCAGCGAUUGGACGCCCUGGACCACCUGCUCUCAGACCUGUUCCAGUAAGACCAUCGAAGGGAAGCAGAUGAGGACUCGCUCCAUCCUGGCCUACAACGCUGGGGAAGGUGGAGCUCUGUGCCCAAACAGCAGCUCCCUCCAGGAGGUACGGAACUGUAACGAACAUGCCUGCACAGUCUACCACUGGCAGACGGGGCCCUGGGGUCCUUGCACCGACGACCCCUCCGCCUCCUCCCUCAACAUCUCGACGGUUGUUCGCAGCCGUCAGGGUCCCUGCUCCAUGGGGAUGCAGACUCGUAAGGUCAUCUGCGUCAGAGUCAACGUGGGACAGGUGCCACCCAAGAAGUGUCCAGACGGUCCCCGCCCCAACACGGUGCGACCAUGUCAGCUGCCCUGCAAGAAAGACUGCAUCGUGACUCCCUUCAGUGACUGGAUGCCGUGUCCGGUUACAUGUGACGCAGCCGGUAACGUCGUGAAGAAUAAGCAAGCAAGGAAACGUCUCAUCAUCCAGCCGCCGUCCAACGGAGGACAGGAGUGUCCAGAGGUGCUGGAGGAGGAGCAGGACUGUGAGCUCCCCAAAGUCUGUCCAGGAUUCAGGUGGAAAACCCACAAAUGGAGGAAGUGCCAGCUGGUCCCAUGGUUCCUCAGGCAGAACAAUAUCGGUUCACAGGAGACCUGUGGACCCGGACUUCAAACCAGAGCUGUGUCCUGUCGCCAGCUGGACGGGACGCAGGCCGACAUCAGCGAGUGCCUGAAAUUCGCCAAGGCCAUGCCCACCAUCACUCAGCGCUGUCAGCUCCCCUGCCAGGAUGACUGCCAGCUGACCAACUGGACCAAGUUCUCCUCGUGCACAGCUGACUGUGUGGGCGUCCGCACCAGAAAGAGAGCAUUGAUAGGGAGGAGCAAGAAGAAAGACAAGUGCAAGAACACCCAAAUGUAUCCCCUGAGUGAGACCCAGUACUGUCCCUGUGACAAGUACAACGCUCAGCCGGUGGGGAACUGGUCAGACUGCAUCCUCCCCGAGGGAGGCCGAGUGGAGAGCGUCGUGGGUAUGAAGGUCCAAGGAGACAUCAAGGAGUGUGGGCAGGGAUACCGCUACCAGGCCAUGGUGUGCUACGACCAGGACAACAGGCUGGUGGAGACGCAGCGCUGCAACAGUCAUGGCUACAUCGAGGAGGCGUGCAUCAUCCCCUGUCCUUCUGACUGCAAGCUCAGUGAAUGGUCCAACUGGUCACGCUGCAGCAAGUCGUGCGGCAGCGGAGUCAAAGUUCGCUCCAAGUGGCUCAGAGAGAAACCGUACAACGGCGGCCGGCCGUGUCCCAAACUGGACCACAUCAACCAGGCCCAGGUGUACGAGGUGGUCCCGUGCCAGAGCGACUGUAAUCAGUAUGUGUGGGUGGCUGAGCCGUGGAGUGUGUGGAAAGUCAGCAACGUGGACUUAAAAGAGAACUGUGGGGAAGGCGUCCAAACCAGGAAAGUCAGGUGCAUGCUGAACACGAUAGACGGGCCAUCAGAGCCAGUGGAGGACUACCUCUGCGACCCAGAGGAGAUGCCACUGGGGGCCAGGGAAAGCCGACUGCCUUGCCCUGAAGACUGCGUCCUGAACGACUGGGGCCCCUGGAGUCGCUGCAGCCUGCCUUGCACCAGGACCAAGAGCCGGGAGCGAGUGGCCUACAUCCUCCGGUAUCCCUCUGUGGGGAGGGAGUGUCCGGACACCAGUGACAAGGAGCCCUGCAGCCUGAAUGUCAACUGCUUCAACUACUUCUACAACAUCACAGACUGGAGCACCUGUCAGCUGAGUCCAAACGCUGUAUGUGGUAGCGGCAUCAAGACCCGGAUGCUGGACUGUGUUCGAAGCGAUGGGAAAUCAGUGGACCUCAAAUACUGUGAGGAGCUGAAUUUGGAGAAGAAGUGGCAGAUGAACAUCUCCUGCGUGGUCGAGUGUCCCGUCAACUGUCAGCUGUCGGGGUGGUCCCCUUGGUCAGACUGCUCCAAGACGUGCGGAUUAGAAGGAAAGAUGUGGCGGCAGCGAUCGGUGGUCCAGGCCUCUCAGGGCGACGGCCGGCCCUGCUCCUCUCAGAUGGAGCAGUGGAAGCCCUGCCCGGUCCGACCCUGCUACCGCUGGCAGUACAGCCCCUGGUCUGAGUGUCGGGUGGAGAACGUGGUGUGUGGACACGGCAUGCGGUACAGGAACCUGUCCUGCCUCGUGUCGGAUGGCAUCACUGAAGGUGAGAGCUUGGUGGACGAGGAGCUGUGCAGCAGCCUGGAGCUGGCUGUCGACGGAGACAAGCAGAUCGUACUGAAGGAGGCCUGCACGCUCCCCUGCCCAGGGGAAUGCUACCUGAUGGAGUGGUCGGACUGGAGCUCGUGUGUCAGCAUCUGCGUGAAGGGGGCCGUCGUGGACUUCGGUUCGGUCCAGGUUCGCUCUCGAGCCGUGUUGGCCCAGGAGCCUGAAAACCUGCAGCUCUGUCCUGACCAGGCCUGGGAGUCUCAGCCCUGCACAGGGGGCGAAUGUUACGAGUACAAAUGGUUCAGCAGCAGCAGCUUCAACUCCAGCCGCCCUUUAGUGUGGUGUCAGCGCUCGGAUGGACUCAAUGUCACCGGAGGUUGUCCUCCCAUGAACCCUCCAGUGGAUAACAGCUCCUGUGACCCUCCCUGUCUCAUGCCAAAGUCUUUCUGCAGCGAGGCCAACUUCUGCACAUGUGAGGAGGGAUUCACAGAGGUGCUGUCUCCCACUGGGCUGCUGGACCAGUGCGCCCCCAUCCCCAUCCUGGAGAUCCCCACUGCAGGAGACAAGAGAGGGGAUGUGAAGACCAGUCGUGCCAUUAACCCCACCCUGCCUAGCACCAUCCUGCCCGGACGCACCGGCCGGACCUGGUACCUGCAGCCCUACGGACCAGAUGGGAAGCUGAAGAUGUGGGUGUACGGUGUAGCAGCUGGAGCCUUUGUGCUCCUCAUAUUCAUAGUGUCUAUGAUAUACCUAGCUUGCAAAAAGCCAAAGAGACCUCAGAGACAGAGGCAACAAAACAACCGACUAAAACCUCUGACUCUCGCCUACGACGGGGACACGGACAUGUAGUCCUCCAGGAGACGCUUCACCAAGCACUUCACCUGUCAUAGAGACCCACUUCAUCACAGCCGCUGCAGUGAGGGACACGGAUGUUUGCAGUGUGAAUGGACACGUCACAGAGCGGAGAAAUUACAGAAAAUCCUCUUAGCAGAGACACUGCUGGGGUUUAACCAUUUCAAGUCGAGCUCCAUUCACUCCCCGGUUUGUUUUUUCAAGUAUUUUCUUUUGCUAGAGCCGUCAUGACCUCCACCGUGUUCAAUGAAAUGCCUUUUUUUGGCCCCCCUUCACAUCUCUGUAAAGAAAAGACUCAUUUCAGAGGCAGAAAAGGCUCUCCAGCCGUCUCUGAACAUGGCAGCACAAGCUCCAACUCUUCCCCCGCGCUUUUCUGCUUGUCCCUAAAAAUGCUGAGUAGCUGGAGGCUUAGGAUGCUCUGACGGUUCGUACGUUGCCAAAAGUCACCGCAGGGAAGAGGAGGAGGAGGAGGGAGAGGAAAAUCUCCAUAAAAAGGUUUGGAUUGCUUUUUUCUCAAUCCUCAACUGGGUUUUGACUCAAAUCUCUUUUACAGUCUUGAACAAAAGGAAGGCAUUUCUUCUCCUUUUUUUCUUUCGCUUGAUUUAGAGGCACAGGCUUGUGUUUGUGGGAUAAACUGAUCUGUAUGAUGCUGAUGGAGAAGUAGCCUGCAAUCAGUUGUUCAUGGAAACUUCUGCCUGCCUGCCUGCCUCCACCCUUUUCUGCGUUUCAGGCUCUACAUUGCACUAUAUUAGUGCAGCAUGAUAUGCACAUGUGACUUCUACCUUCUAUUGCCAUAAAAACACUGCCUCUUCCACAGACAGACACUAACACCAAGCAGAGGAUCAGCUACGUAAAGGUCACCGCGGGAACAUUCAAAAAGGGCAACAGGAAACAAUGUUUGGAUGUGUCACAGUCUGCAAAAACAGGUGUGAACCUCCAGUAAAUAUAUGUAUAGAUUUUAUUUCUCACAACUGAUUUUUUUGGUUGUAGUAAAAGUACAUUUUGUGGUUUGUAGAUUUCGUCUGGUGUUAAUCACUUUACUUUGGCCCAAAUGCAAAUAAAGAUUCAACUAUGAUAUCAGCGGGUGAAUCUUUUGAAGACUCGCCUGCUUCCUUUAAAGUUCCUUUUCAACCAUAAAAACUCAAAAUGAAAAGUCUGAUUAUUUUACUUUUAUACUUAAUGUGGGAAACCUGAAGUUUUGCAGUGAUUAAAAAAAGACAAGGCCAAUAAAUUUUAACCAUUCAUGUCAUGCAAAUGUCAUUUCUGCCUUACUGACGAUAACUAAAUACUAACAGUCCUGUAACACAGUUUGUAAUACUUGAAUGGGGCACAGUUUAAUCAUCAUAUACGAGAGUACACUUAGAUAUCAAGAGGACUAAUCUGUCUUUUCUUUUAAAGGUGCAGUGUGUGGUAUUUAGCGACAUUUAGCAGAACAGACUUGGUAGAAAUGGAAUAAAACAUUCAUAAGGAAGUUAAAUUAGUGGGAAAUCACAUGAAUAUAACAAUAAUUCUGGUUUUGCUCACUCAGAAAGAGUUCUUUAUAUUAAUGUAGGAGCGUUUCCUCUUCCACAAAGGCCGCCAUGUUGCACCGCCAUUUUUCUGCAGCAGCACAGAACAGACAAGCUUGUAACGUAGGUGUUUUCGUGUUUAUUGAUUGGCUGCACCAAAUGCACCCAUUCCAAGAUGAAGAAGAAGUAAGUAAGUAAGUACAUUUUAUUUAGUAUAGCACCUAGGGAUGGGUACCUUUCACAUUUGAACCGAUACGGUACCGAUACCCGGUACCUGGGAAUCGGUACCUGUACUCAACAGGACCAAUUUUUGGUACUUUUGUGUUUUUAUGUGGUAAUAAAUAUUAAUAUUAAAAAAAAUCUCAAUUUUUUUUAAUUUAACAUAUUUAUUCAAUUUAACAUGAAAUGAACAGAAACAGGAUUAUAUAGUUGAUUAGAUAUAUUAGCUGACACGUGCUCGUGGCGUCUAAUUGCUCUUUCGGGAGUUUAUCAAUGAACACACGUGAACGCCUGCGGACGGAAAAAGUCAGUUCUCCGUCUCUUUAUAAUAACAGACACACAACUUACUUGUUGGGCAUUCACGCACACAGGAACGGUUAUAAACAGGGCAGGUAGUCGGAGCGAGAGGGUCAGUCUCAACCAUAGACUGUAGAAAAUAAAGUUAAUCCUCAUGAAGUUCUGCCUCGCUGUGAGUGCGCGCACCCGUCAGCUGCAGGCUCCGUUUGGCGCGCUCCCGCGCAGAUGCAGGGAGCAGAGCAGAGACGUCCCCCAGGUCAGUCUCUGACUUUAUUACAGGGCGAAAGUAGGGAAAAAUCACCCACUCUUCCACUCCCUCACAGUCACAGGGCUGCGUUCAGGUACCGAAACAUGGUACCGUUUGAUUUUACGUGAGUCGGUACUCGGUAGUACCGACGGAAUUCGGUCGGUACCUAUAAAAGUACCGAAUCCGGUACCCAUCCCUAAUAGCACCUUCCAUAGAAUAAAAGAAGUGCUUCACAGAAAAAUAUUCAAUUUAAAAUGAAAUCACAACAAAAAUGAAAUCAUAAAACAUUAAAAGAAACAGACCAUAGCAUAAUUAAAACAUUAGUCUGUACAAGGUGAGUCGAAGGCCUGUUUAAAUAAAUGUGUCUUUAUGAGUUUUUUAAAGGCGACAACAGAGACAGCUGAACGAAUAUUUACAGGAAGAGCGUUCCACAAUGUUGGUGCCACCACUUCAAAAGCAGGGUCACCUUUUGUUCUUAGAUGAGCUCGAGGGACAACCAGCAAGCCCUGCUCAGAAGACCUGAGUGACCUACUGGUGAGGUAGGGGUGGAGCAGGUCGGCGAUGUAUUCAGGAGCCUGACCAUGCAGAACUCUAUACACAAAAACUAGAACCUUAAAAUGAAUCCUAAAUUUAACUAGCAGCCAAUGUGGGGAAGAUAGAAUCGAGGGGUGUGGGUUGUCCGGCUGGACUUGGUCUACAGCCUUGCACCAGCGUUCUGGACUAAUUGAAGACGAUGGAGGGAUGAUUUACUGAGGCAUGUGAAAAGUGAAUUACAAUAGUCCAGUUGAGAUGAAACAAAAGCAUGAAUGAUCAUUUCCAGUUCAGGAUGUGACACAACAGACCUAAGUUUGGCAAUUUCAAAAAGAAGAGAGUCAAUUUGCAUUGAUAGUUUUUGAUGGCAAAAACUCGACAAAUGGAGGAUCAUACUUAUCAUGCAUCACAGGAGCUUCUUGUCCUCCAGGCCACCGUCACUUCACCGAGGUGAGGGGUUAGCAGGGGAGCGUGUCAGUCUGGAAUCUGUCCAAUAGAUGUCGCUAAAUAUUCCUGUUUCUACACACUGCACCUUUAAAGUCACAAAGUGUUGUUCAAUUUUCUCCUGUAGUUAUCGGUAUCAUAGGUGCUCUGUCGGUUUUCCCUCACACUACCUGAGGUGAAAUAUAGCUAAAAGAAAACAAUCUGUACAAACAUGUGAAUACUAAGAAAACGCGUUUCUGCUGAGUUCGACGUUAAAGCAAACUGGUGUGGAGAAUGUUUACUUUUUUUGUUGUGGGAUUUGUAAAUAACAGCGAUUUUUUUAUUUUUUGAAGAAAAAAAAAUAUCAAAGUAUGUGUACAUUUAUUUUGUAUUGCACAGAAAAUGUUUAGUUUGAAUAUUGCAAAGUCGGGUGUGUGGUUUUGCUGAUUGUUGUUACCAUGAUGCAAGUUGUGUGUUGUGUGGAAAAAAAAACGAGAAAGCAAAAAGAAGAAAAAGAGGAGAGAGGGUCAGAUGUUUUUUUGUACAGGAUGUUUAUAUGUAUGGGAAGAAUUACUUACAAUAAAUGAGGACAACGGUUGUAAACACACAA